UUGCGUAGCCCUCAAGUCACCUCCCUACUUCUGGUAUUACUGGUUCUAGGUUUCCGUGAGUUGUCAGAUGUCUGAAAUAAUGUACAUGAGUGUUUGUGUUCCAGUGAGUGGAUUUCAAGCUUGUUUGAUCUCAAUGUAUUGGUGCAGGUGAUAGGGACAGUAUCGUGAGAGUAGAAGAGUGUCCGAAGAUCUUUUCCUUGGAGGAGUCAGUGAAGAGCUCUUGCUAAAAGAACAACUUCCCAAGAGUGUUUUCAGCGUUUCCUUCACCUUUGUCCACAUCUGCUGGCUGGGAUGAAGGGGCUCAGGAGCCUUAGUGUCAGGCUCCUGUCGGCCUUCUUCUCCACUACCUUUGGUCUUUAUUUCCCUCCUCAAGUGGAGCAGCUGCCGACCAUCACUGCUCAGACCUCAGGCUCUCUCAUUGCCUUGCCAUAUGAUGAGAACAUCCUGUUCAAGUGUGAAGCCAAAGGCAACCCAAGACCUACGUACCGCUGGACAAAAGACGGCAUGGAUUUCGACCCACAUAAAGACCCUCGGCUCAUUAAAGAAGAAAGUAGUGGGACUUUUAUGAUACCGAACAAUAAAGAUAAAGUGAAAUACCGGGGAAAGUACAGAUGUUAUGCCUCAAACAAGCUCGGAACUGCAAUAUCAGAGGAAGCAGAAUUGAUUGUGCCUGUGGUACCCAAGUUUUCCAAAGUGAAGACAGAACCAGUGGUGGUCACAGAGGGCGAAUCAGUGGUUUUGGAGUGUAACCCGCCACAAGGGAUUCCACCAUGGCAGCUGUACUGGAUGACCAAAGAUCUUCGGCACAUUGAACAGAAUGAGAGGGUGUCCAUGGGCCUCAAUGGGAAUCUGUACUUCUCAAAUACACUGCUGUCUGACAGCCAUGAUGACUACUGCUGCUUUGCCUCCUUUUCCAGGAUACGCACAAUUGUUCAGAAACCCCGCAUGGUCCUGAAGGUCAAGCCAAGUACGUGCCAAGAAUCUCCGUAGGGAGUACAAGUAGCG